AUGGAAACGUUGUACACUGGACACAUCCAUGGAUUUCCUCCCUCGGCAAACAUAUCAUACGGAUCGUUAAGCACAGCAUGGGGCUCACAGGGAGGUCUAAUUGCUUUAGGAGUAGUUCUCGGCAGCUCCGUUAGCUUAGUCGGGCUUGCAUUUGCGUUCAUUACGUACAGCUUAUUUUCAGAUUUAAAAUCGUUGGCAGGAACAACGCUUUUAAGCCUUCUAGCUUCACUGUUUAUGAGCCAGUUAAUCUUUGUUAUAGGUGUAGGAGGAGUACAGGAUUCCGAGCUAUGUCUCUCACUUUCGUUGGCGUUACUGUUCAUGAAGUUGGCAUCACUCUGUUGGUUGUGUUGCUGCUGUCAUCAUGCGCUCGUAUUGUUUCGCACCAACACCAAUCUUCACUCGUAUCGCGAAUCAACCAUGGGUAAAACGUUGGUUAGCUACAGUCUUGUAUCUUGGGGAUAUCCAUUGAUAAUGCUCGGCGUUGCAGCUGCCUUCAAGUAUAAGGAACGCGAGCUCAAGUUUAACGGCUACUCACACAUACAAGUGAUUGCACAAAUAGUGCAAGAACUGAAUGGUGAAAAUCAUUGUUGGCUAAUGGAAGGAUCGGCAUACUUCUGGGGCUUUCUAAUGCCAGCGAUUGUGUUACUUUUUACCGGUUUUUAUCUUGCCUGUCAGGGAGAAGGAGCUAUCAAAAUUGCCGCCGCCCUUCAGGUUGAUUCCAGAGCUAAAAACAAGUUAAUAAAAAAGCGUGGUUUGCAAAUUGGAUUAUUUUUCAAGAUUUUGGUCGUGUUAUCGUCUGUUGUAGCGCUUGGUGCCAUUGCUUCCAUUUGGAACGUAAUGGAGCUUUGGUCGAUAUACAGCAUUGCUCAGGGAGUACAGGGUCUCGUGGUAGCAUUACUAGUGUCUUGUAACUGUAAAGUUUUGAAGCUCUAUUCAGCACCUAAAACUCACAAGUCUCGCCGGGGCACGUACCGCAACCUCAAGGACGGUGAUGGUGGCAAAUACGGUAUCCUUUCCGUGUCCAACCCUAACUACGAAGAAAUAGUACAUAUCGGCAGCAUGCCCGAGGACAGUCCAUCGAGCCUUACCAAGAUGUCCUACAAGGAAGGUUGCUUCGUCGAUCGCAUCGAUAGCACAGCACCGACAGCGCUGGAUUACGCUUUCAAUGGUGAAUUGUCUACUUCGCUCUCGAUUGACGAGGUGUCGAAAACUCCUUUGCCUGUAUCAGUAUAG